AUGGGUAAAAAUACGCCCAAGAAUAAUUCUCCAAUCAUAAUACCAAUUGCUCCCAUCGAAGACGAACCAUUAUCCAGCAUGGUUGAGAAUGCAAAAGUAACGGCAACUGACACCUCGCCCCCGCUACCAGCAUUAAUGACCGAAAACGAUAAUCGGGAGAUCAUAUUGCAAUCAACAGGAAACGGAAAUGGGGAUUCCGAGGAGAGGAAUUUGACGUUGCAUCAUCCGGGACACUUCCGCGAAGAUCCAGUUGGAUUUAUGAUGGCGAUGGGCGCAUUUUAUCAAGGAACCGGAUGGAGAAGUUACAAAAAUUAUAUUGGGGCGCGGAUUCUAUAUGAAGGCUACACGGAAGAAACCAAAGAACGAGUGCUAAAUAGCGAAAGAGUUCGUUACAUGAUUGCUUAUCUUGCUGAAAAACAGGCCAAUAUACUAGCUGCUACGUCACCAAAUGUCGAUUUAAAGAUUAUCGGAAGAAAGAAGAAACAUUUUGAGAAGGAGUUGGAGGCCGUAGCUAAUCAGAUGGUUGAGAAGCUCGUUGCCGAUUUGAGUAGUUUGAGAUUUAUAAGGUUAUUUGGAUUUUUCGUAAACAACAUCCUAGUGAGAAUGUACCAUCAAGGCGUUCAUAUAUCGGAGCGAGAGUUUUUGGAGGCAAGUAGGCUUGUCUAUGAAUCAUCGUCUCAACUCCGUCGAGUAGCUAUUAUAGCUGCCCAGAACAACCACUCUCUUGUAAUACUCCCCUGCCAUAAAUCCCACAUCGACUACCUCGUUGUCUCUUACAUUUUCUUUCGUCUUGGCUUAGCUCUCCCUCAUAUUGUCGCAGGUGAUAAUCUUAACUUACCCAUUGUUGGACGCAUUCUCAAAGGUGGUGGCGCAUUCUUCAUUCGCCGAUCUUGGGGUGAAGACUUGCUUUACGGUUCUGUUGUUAAAGAAUAUGUCGAAGGACUUUUGGAACGGGGACAUAACGUUGAAUGUUUUAUCGAGGGGACGCGGAGUCGAACGGGAAAAUUGUUGCCACCAAAAUUAGGUGUCUUGAAAAUAAUGUUAGACUGUGUAUUAUCCGGAAGGGCAAAGGAUUGUUGGAUUGUACCCAUGUCGAUCCAGUAUGAUAAAGUUAUUGAGACGGAGACAUAUGUUAAUGAACUGCUGGGGAAUCCGAAAGAAAAAGAAAGUCUAUGGGGGAUAAUGACGAAUACGAGGCUGUUGCAGCUCAAGUGGGGAAGGAUCGUUGUGCGAUUUGCAAAGCCUUAUUCGUUAUCACAAUUCGUUCAGGCUCAAGUAGGGCGGAGAAGGGCGUUUGAUCCGACCAACGAACAGAACAAAGUCAUACUAUUACGAGCAUUAGGAUAUAAAGUCUUGUCAGAUAUUGGUGUGGGUCGAGCCGAAUUAAUCCGACGCGUGGAUUGGCUGAAAGCCGCUAUAGUAAUGAAGGGAGGACAUGUCGCUGAUUUUGGUGACAUGACAACGGGAGAAAUAGUUGACCGCGCAAUGAAUGUAUUAAAGGACUUGAUAAAGGAGAGAAAAGACUUGCUGGAGACUGUAUUUUGUGCAGAGAAUCGUUUCGAGUUAAGUUUCUAUCGUAACCAGGUUAUCCACUUGUUUGUUUCCGAAGCUAUCGUUUCUGCGGCCAUGUACACAAAAAUCAAAAUCGGUGGAUCAAAAUCGACGCAAAGAUUCGACUUUCAUAAAUUGCUGGAAACCGUGACAUUUUUGUCCCAGUUACUCAAAGUGGAAUUUGUCUAUCGACCGGGAGAGAUCGAAAACAACUUGUAUGAUACUCUGGAAGGGCUUGUGAAAGAUAAUGUUUUCGUUUUCGAAGAUGGUACCGUAGGAUUAUCGGAUGCAGAAAGGGCUAUUGGUAGAGAAAACUAUGAUUUUUACUGUUUCUUAAUAUGGCCAUUCAUCGAGACCUACUGGCUAGCUGCUGUAAGUCUUUUCUCAAUGACGCCGCCCAGGUCUGCCACACUCCAACAAAAGAAUGCGAUAACCAAGAAGAAUCCAGUUCCUAUCACUUGGUUCGAUGAACGAGACUUUCAUAACAAGUGUCAGCUCUUUGGCAAAACCCUUUAUUACCAAGGUGAUCUUUCGUACUUUGAGGCAGUAAACAAAGAAACACUCAAAAAUGCAUUUAUCCGAUUAGAGGAGAUGAAUAUCAUACUGGUGAAACGCAGUCGAAAUACCAAAAUACUUCCGACCAUUGCUUUGAAUCCGGAGUACGUUCCAACACGGAAUGCUCAAGGAGCGAUAGAGCCAAAGGGAAAGUUAUGGGAUUUAGUCGAACAAAUCGGCAAGUUCAGACGGGAAGGCAAGAAUAGGAGAGAUAAUGCAACUGUCAGUUUUCGAGUCUUACGAUUGGCGGAAAUUGUCGGACAACCGUCUACGGCUGAUUUGGGAGUUAUGAAUAAUUUAAUGGGUCGAUCAGUCAAGACUGCACAGCCAGAGGCUAAAUUGUGA